UCAUACAAGUUAAAAAUAAACCAAUCAAACUCCCGAAACACACUCCAUCCAUCAUCUAUCCAAGUAAUACAGUACAGUAGAGUAGAGAAAUAAUAAAAUGGCAACGACAACCACCAUAAACUGCAGCUAUCUUUCAUCAGUAGUAACCUGCACUUCCUCAUCAUCAACACAAGACUCGUCGUCGUCAUCCCCAAUUCUACCCACCAAAAUCAUACUUCCCAACAAAAAGCCACAAAAAUGGUCAACUGGGGUUGCUCCUGGAGAUUACGGCGGACCACCCACCACCACCAAGCUCCGUAAAUACUGGGGUGGUGAAAAGGAAGACCCCAUUACUUCUGAUGAGCUCAUUUGGAAUAGAGAUUUCAUGCCUCAUAUGAAAAGAUUGAUUGGGGAUGAUGUACAGUCUGACCCUUCUUUCUCUUCUUCUUCUGAUAAGGAGGAGCAAUCUGGAUUUUUGAGCAUAAACAGAGUCAUGAGCCUUGACAGUAUGGAAGUUGACUUAAGCAAGGAGCUAAAAGCGACUUUAAAUCCCAUUGUAGACAAGCAACCCAAGGCUGCUCAAGCUACAAAGGUAACAUCCGUAAAAUGGAGACCAGCACCCACACGACGUGAACAGGACAAAUGGGAUAGAGCGGCUAAAGCCGCCACUGGAGGCAGUGAAGUAAUGUUCAGGGAUUUGAGAAAGCCUAAAGGAGACCCUAAGGUGCUAGCUGCUAAGUCGAGAGAACAGUAUUUUAAGUUAAAGAAAAAGUUGCAGACUCUAACAUUGGCCAUAGGCGGUGUUGGGCUAGUGUCAGCUUAUGUUUCAUACACCCCUGAGAUUGCAGCAAGUUAUGGUGUUGGAUUAAUUGGUUCGCUUGUAUAUAUGCGCAUGCUGGGGAAUAGCAUGGACGGAAUGGCAGAUGGAGCCCGGGGGGUUAUUAAGGGAGCAAUUGGGCAGCCACGAUUAUUGGUCCCUGUUGCCUUAGUCAUGAUCUAUAACCGCUGGAACGGGAUUGUCGUUCCUGAAUAUGGAUUAAUGCACCUAGAGUUGAUUCCGAUGCUAGUGGGAUUUUUCACAUAUAAAAUUGCCACCUUCACUCAAGCGAUUGAAGACGCAAUCAAUGUUGUAAGCGAUGAUGUUCAAACCGACGAAGAGUACAGCAGACAAUGAGCUAACUGGAACUCGGGCACAUUACCUGAUACAUAGGAUAUUGGUUGUGGGUUCUCACACCCCCCGGGCUAAGCCAACACAUGUGAGUUAAACAAAUUCUUUGGUAUGAUGAAAUGGGAAAAUGGAAAGGGUAGACUAUAAUUGAAUGUAAAGGCCAUGGUUUGGGAUCUAUAAUCGCUAGUUUUUGGUCACUUGACUAAAAAUGCUGAAUGCAAGACUGCUCCUGUUUAAUUGUUUAUGUAUGUGUUGUAUACUUGUAUAUGGAAGGGUUAAUGUAAACAUGUUGUCUCAA